UGCCAGUUUGACGUAGACACUGGGAGUGGAGACUAGUUCCGAAGUCCCCGUGUAACGCAUUACCUUUCUGCGCUCCCCGUCUGUCGCUAUUCCGCUCUGCAAUGUGGUGUAGCAGAGUGUCGCUCCGCAGGCUCCAGCGCAUUGCCGUCGCGCCGCUCAAAGCGUCCAGUCCGGUGAUCUCCAUGCAGAGAGCGAGCUCAACGUUACCCCGGGUGUACGUUACCCGCAAAAUUCCGCCAGAAGGGCUGAGGAUUCUCAGUGAAUCGGGCCAAGUUCAGUAUGAGCUGUGGGACUCGGACGACCCCGUUCCCCGGCAAGAGCUGCUGAGAAGGGUGAGGGGGGUGGACGGCCUGGUCUGUGUGCUGACGGAGAAGAUCGACGGCGAGCUGCUGGAUGCUGCAGGUCCCAGUCUUAGAGUGCUGAGCACCAUGUCUGUGGGUUAUGACCACCUGUCUCUAGAGGAACUGAAGAAGAGAGGGAUACGAGUGGGCUACACCCCCGACGUCCUGACCGACGCCGUCGCCGAACUGACCGUGGCGCUGCUGCUCACCACCUCCCGCCGGCUGAUCGAAGCCACGCACGAGGCCAAAACGGGUGGCUGGGGGACCUGGCGGACCAUGUGGUUGUGUGGAUAUGAACUGGCCAACAGCACGGUGGGGAUCCUGGGCCUGGGCAGGAUUGGCGUGGCCAUCGCGGAGCGCCUGAAGCCCUUCAAGGUGCAGAAGUUCAUCUACACAGACGUGGCGCCGAGACCCGAACUGGCCAGAACCAUACAGGCGGAGUACGUGUCAAUGGAGGAACUGGCCAAGCAGUCAGACUUCCUGGCUGUGUGCUGUGCUCUGACUCCUGAGACGCAGGGCAUCUGCAACAGGAAGCUCUUCUCACAGAUGAAGAACACUGCAGUCUUCAUCAACACCAGCAGAGGAGGUGUGGUGAACCAGGAGGACCUGUACGAGGCUCUGUCCAGCGGGCAGAUCGCCGCGGCAGGGCUGGACGUGACCACGCCCGAGCCCCUGCCCACCAGCCACCCCCUCUUCACACUGAAAAACUGCGUGAUCCUGCCCCACGUUGCCAGCGCUUCCUAUUCCACGCGUAACGCCAUGUCCGCCCUGGCCGCCAAUAACCUGCUGACCGGCCUGAGGGGGGAGCCAAUGCCGAAGGAGCUGAAGCUGUAGGUCUCGCACUGUACACAAAACGUGGGACGCAAAACGAGGGCGCCCUCUGCUGUCCGUAUGUUAGAACUGCCACCAUGUGUCGUCCCGCCUGUCUUCUCUUGCUCGUGUCAUCUGAUAAAGAUAA